UGAGCAGCCACACGGCGUUCACCAAGCACAGCGAGCAGCUGGGCACCGAGGAGGGCGAAGUGGAAGAGAUGGACACGCUGGACCCCCAGACGGGGCUCUUCUACCGCUCCGCCCUGGUGCAGGGGCAGAAGCCGCCCAAACUGAGCCAGCCGCCGCUGGAGCAGACCCAGCUUCAGGUCAAGACCUUGCAGUGUUUCCAGGCCAAGCAGAAGCAGACCAUCCACCUGCAGGCCGAGCCGCUGCCUCACAAGCUGCCCCAGAUGCCCCAGCUGUCCAUCCGGCACCAGAAGCUGGCCCCGCUCCAGCAGCAAGACCCGGCCCCGCCCAAGCUGUCGGACGCCCAACCGGCCCAGCACCACUCCAUCAUCCGCGAGAGGCAGCUCCCCACUUUGGUGGCCCAGCCGCAGCAGACCGUGGUCCAGGUGCUGGCCGUCAAGACCACACAGCAGCUGCCCAAGCUGCAGCAGGCACCCACGGCCCAAAAGAUCUACGUCCAGCCCCAGCCUCCCCAGGGCCAAAUGCAACUCCAGGCCGCUGCCGAGAAGCCGUCAACAAACCAGGUGCACCAGCCCAUAAUAUCCCAAGGAUCCUCUGUUACAAAGAUAACUUUUGAAGGGCAUCAGCCACCUACCGUGUCCAAGGUGGCCAGCAUCAGUUCGGCGCCUAAGCUGACCCCGUCUCUCCCAAGCCUAUUUCCUGUCCAGGUACCCACGAAGACAGCUGUCGCGGACAUUUUGAAAAUGUCCAUGAUGGAAGCUCAGAUUGACACAAGCGUAGACCGCACGGUCACGGAACCCCCCACCAGCAAGGUCGUCCCCAGUGGCACUCUGACUGGCGAAGCGGACUCAGCACCUGCCUCGGUGCUGCGGGUGGCCACAGUCGGGGCGGGCACGGCCGUGGCGACAUCUGUCCUACAGCCGCCAAAACGCUUGGACUCUGCGUCGAGCCCUCCCGCGGUUGGGCCGUCUUUACUGGAGAGGAAACCGGCCGUUCCAGCUCCACCCACAGCCAGCCAGUUCAUCCGUAUCCAGAACAUAGCCCCGAAAAAAGCAGAGGAGAUCCCCACAGAGAUCUUAAUUCAGACUAUCCCGCAGUAUUCCGUGGCUUGCCACUCCACCUCCAACGUGGUCGUGGAACCCAGCGGGCUCUUGGAACUCAACAACUUCACCAGCCAGCGCCUCGACGACGAGGAGACCGUCAUGGAACAGGACAUGGACAGCAGCAACGAGGAAGGGGCGGAGCCCAGUCCCAGCCAAAGCUCGGAACGGUCCUAGCGCCCUCGGGUGUGCCGGCAUGCACUUUACAAACGCGGGGAGACGACGACCUGGGGCGGUUGGCGUCCUUGUGUUCUCGCAAAGCACUUUGCCCUCCCAGGCCGUUGGGGGCACGGAUCCUUCACACAUGGGACAGUUAAUUCGACAGUAUUGCCGAGGCUCGAUCGCAGAACGGUUCCAGUCGAGAGGCGGAGUCCUCGGUUCCAGGGUCGACUUUGAAACAGCAACCGAAUGUGUUACUUUUAAACGGAGGAGUGAGAAGGAUGUAUGGGUUUCUUUUUCCUGUUUUUUUUUUUUUUUUGCCACGUUGUCUGAAAUCAGCUACUUUGACCUCUUCAAAGUUACGAAGAGGGGCGAGGCUUUCCUCUGUAUAUAAGCAGCGGACCGGACUUUCAUCACAAAGAGAUUUUUUUGGUUUUUGUUUUAAACAGCAUUCGAGUCCUCUGAAAACAGUCUUUUACGGGGCUGGGGAAUCACCUAAAGAAAUAGCGGCUGUGUGGCUUUUUUGUUUCUAAAUAAGUCAGGGAGAGGUUGGCCUGGUUGUCUUCUCUUUUAAAAGAAGAUGUCGUUGACGAAUGGUCAGGAAUGAGCAGAAUGGGAGGGGAGGGGCAAACGCAGGGAGAGGGGUGGGUUUGCUCCUUCCGAGGAGAGCGUUGUUCUGUUUAUCACACGCAGCUGACAAUUUCAAGCUGCCCCGCCUUGCAAGGAAGUUUUUAUUUAUUGAAAAGUAACGCAAGUGAGGCCCGGCCAAGGGCCCGCAUCCUGUUCAACAGGCCAGUACACUUAAACACGGGUUGUCGAGACAAACAAUUUCACCCUUUUGAGCUGCAGAGGAUGGAGAAAAUGCUUUCUUAGAUCAUUCAAAGCCCAGGGUGUUGAUAGUUUAUGACUCAAACUAGGAUGUGGGUUGCUAACAUGGCUCCGCCCUCCCCUUUCUUGCUCACUUUUUUCUUUAAAAAAAAAGUUGAAUUGUGUCUGUUCGGGGACUUUAAAUGUUCAAAUGGCUGAUCCUUUUAUAGUUUUUUUAAAAAUUUUGGUUUUCAUGUUUCCCUUCUCUGCCUUAUUUUGAUUUGCACAAGCAAUAUUGGGGGGCGGGGCGGUUUCUGAUGGUUAAGGCAAACAGAUUUUUAAAAAGGAACAACGAAAAAGAAAAAAACAAUCUCUUGUACAUUUUGGUAACGAAAAAUCUGCUUUUUUUAAAAAAAGGAAAAAAAUUGUACAUAGGAACAAGGUUUUUAACUGUUUUUUUGUAUAGAUUUCAUUAUAAAUAAGCAUUUUAAGGCCUUUGGGGGAUGUACUCUGUAUAUACACGUUACCAGCCGAACUGCCCGGUAUUUGGUGCUGAAAUGCUACUUUUAAGUAGAAGGUUCUCUGAAGGUUCUAAUACAGUCUUUUCGCCAAUA